UUGAAGCUUAUGAUGAUCACGAUGAGGAAGGUCAACGGGGUGUACAUGAUUUUGUUUCCACAGAACAUGAUGCAGCGCUGCUGGCGCCUCACAGUGCCGCUGGCUAAACGUGGCCUUGCCGUGGUCACACACACGCGACAGGCGGUGGUCUCGGACAACCCAGAAGCAGAGAAUCUAGACGGAUUUGAGCAGCAGUAUCUAAAGGAACGUAUUGAGAUAACAACAUUUCAGCGAAUGCUCCUAGGGGCGGGCUCUUCCAUAGCCGCCAUACUGGAUCCAAGACGCCAUGACAUGAUCGCCUGUCUGGGUGAGACUACUGGGGAGGAUGCUUUGUGGAACAUUAUGGACACCAUGCAUGAGAGUGAGGAGGGCCAACGCAUCAUGGUCGAGAAGCCGCGCAUUCACACCAGCACCAUUGACUUUAAGCGACUGGAAUCUCUGCCUGCCGACACGUUUGGAGCCGCCUAUGUGAAGUUUCUUAAAGAUAAUAAAGUCACGCCGGACAGUCGCAUGGCCGUACGCUUCCUGGAGGAUCCCAAGCUGGCCUAUCUGAUGACGCGCUAUCGCGAGUGCCACGAUCUGAUCCACACGGUUCUGGACAUGCCCACUAAUAUGCUCGGCGAGGUGGCUGUCAAGUGGGUGGAGGCGCUCAAUACUGGCCUGCCCAUGUGCUAUGGUGGAGCGGUGUUCGGGGCGGUCCGCCUCCGUCCCAAGCAGCGACGGGCGUACUUGAAGCAUUACUUGCCGUGGGCCCUAGAGAACGGCAAGCAGAUGAAGCCCCUGAUGCCCGUCUACUGGGAGGAACGGUGGGAGCAGAAUGUGAAUGAGUUGCGCGCCGAGCUAGGCAUUAAAUUGUUGAAUAAAGUUUAAAAUUUUAUUUUUUAAAA